CUCCUCCUCCCAACGCACUGCGCAGAUUGCUCGUCACCUCUCGACGGCAUCUUCCCCCUCGCAUCCCACACCAUACCUAUCGCCAGCGUCCCCAACCGCUGACAUGGCCUCUACCUACACCCUCCGCAAGAUCGGUGCUCCCCACACCCUGGAGCACCGUGUCUACAUCGAGCAGGAUGGCGUCCCUGUCUCCCCUUUCCACGACAUUCCCCUGUACGCCAACAAGGAGCAGACGAUCCUGAACAUGAUCGUUGAGAUCCCUCGCUGGACCAACGCCAAGCAGGAGAUCUCCAAGGAUGAGCUCCUCAACCCCAUCAAGCAGGACACCAAGAAGGGCAAGCUUCGCUUCGUCCGCAACUGCUUCCCCCACAAGGGCUACCUCUGGAACUACGGUGCCUUCCCCCAGACCUGGGAGGACCCCAACGUCAUCCACCCCGAGACCAAGGCCAAGGGUGACAACGACCCUCUUGACGUCUGCGAGAUCGGCGAGCUUGUCGGUUACACCGGCCAGGUGAAGCAGGUCAAGGUUCUCGGUGUUAUGGCCCUUCUCGACGAGGAGGAGACCGACUGGAAGGUCAUUGUCAUUGACGUCAACGACCCUCUCGCCCCCAAGCUCAACGAUGUUGAGGACGUCGAGCGCCACCUGCCCGGUCUUCUGCGCGCCACGAACGAGUGGUUCCGCAUCUACAAGAUCCCCGACGGCAAGCCCGAGAACCAGUUCGCCUUCACCGGCGAGUGCAAGAACAAGAAGUACGCCAUGGAUGUCGUCCGUGAGGCCGCCGAGGCCUGGGACCGUCUCAUCACCGGCAAGACUCAGCCCGGUGGCAUCUCGACCACCAACCUGACUGUUGCUGAGUCCCAGAGCCGCGUCACGCCCGACCAGCUCCCCCCUCUGCCCGCUCACCAGGAGCUUCCCGCCGAGAAGAUCGACGCCUCUAUCGACAAGUGGUUCUUCAUCAGCGGUGCUGCUAGCUAGAUGCCUCGCAAUGCUACUCGGAGUGCGGCGGCAGGGCGACUGACUGCUUUGAAGGGCUCCUCGCACAGGACGGAAUCGAAAGAAGCUACCCCAGCUGAAGCGAUCCAUCCGGGCCACUUGCCCAACGUGGAUUGCUCCUUGGAUCAGCCAGACUCAGCUCGACCGCUAAGCCCAAGGAUGUUCGCGUCGCUUCGUCGUACUCUUGGCGGGAGCAGGUCACCCAAGUGAGCUGGAGCGGUAGCUUCAGCAUGACACAUCGGAUGCGCACGCUUCGUCACAAAGUUCAAAAUAAAUACCACCU